CAUUAACGUUAAGGUUAUUGGCAUGGUGGUGGCACUUCGCGCCGAGCUUGAUGUGAAGGCAAGGCGUAGAUGGCAGUUGAUCUCGGAUCAUGUGGUUACGUUGACCCUGCGGAGUCUUGCUCUUGCAGUCGGCCUCCUCCCUCCAUUCAUGUUUGUCCCAUUGGGACGAUUGUUCGGACGGAUCGGACAUGCUGCGGGCCUUCGAAGAAACAUUGUGAAGGCCAACAUUGCCCUCUCGUUCCCGACGAUGAGUGCCGUCGAACAGAAGCGUCUCGUUCGUGAAACGUACGAGAACACUUGCGUGUCGCUUCUGUGGUUUCUGCAUAUUCGAGCAUUUGGCAGGUGGCAAGACAUGGAGCGAUACGUCGAUGUAGCGUUUCCUCGUGAGUACGUGGCCGACCUGCGCAACGGCCCAGUCAUUGUCACAUCCGCCCAUCUAGGGUGCUGGGAGCUCCUUCCUUGUGUACACGCCCCACCAAACCUACUCGUUGACCACGUCUACGAGCUCUAUCGCCCACUGCACAACUUGCCCUUGAACAAGUGGCUUCUAACCCUUCGAAGCUACCCUCAUACGCGCCUGCUUCCAGACAAACAGUGCCUGACCGCAUUGACCACCAUCUUGACUGAAAAGUCACAAAUAUUGCAGAACAACAACGCAGACGUUGCCACACCCGCGUCAGCCAUAGUUGCCCUCGUUUGCGACCAACGGCCAAGUCGCAGUGGCGUCCUCGUGUCUUUUCGAAACCGACCUACGAUCAUGGCUCCCGGCGCGGCGGUGCUUCACCUACGAACCGGUCGACCAGUGUGGUGCACUGCAUUGGUGCUGGCGCCAGCAGGCCACCCAAAACCAUUCUUGUUGCACACGUUGCCGGUCAUUCGACACACCCCAGGGAACGAGGAAAAGCAUACGGCGCAAACCAUCAUGGAGCUGUAUGCGUCCACCGUGUCAUCCCUCAUCGAGACGUAUCCGUCGCAAUAUCUGUGGCUUCAUGCGUUGUGGAAGUAAGGUCCAGCGUAGUUAUCGCCAUAUGAUUGCUUAUACAUGGACGACUGCCAUUGGUGCAUUUUGGUCGGGACGGUUACACAAUCCGACGACAUUUUUUAAUUCUUAAAGCUCGUCGCUGCCGCCCAGGCCAAGUUCCUUGAGGAUGUCGUCGUCGUCGUCGUCGACCACCGUCUCCACCUUGGCGUCCUUGCCGUCCCAUGGCACGACGGAUUGGAUGGCCGGCAACUUGUCGUACGGGUACGUGGCUUCCUUGCCGGAGAAGAUGCCUUCGAGGAACGUGGCGAUGGACUUGCUGUCGAACGCGGCGCGCAUGACUGAAUACCGCUGCUUGUCGAGCGAAAUAGCCACCACGGCAGGGUACCCAAAGGACAGGUCGAACGCGUGUUCGAGUUUGGAUUGGUCGCCACCUUGGACCCACGAGAACCGGAACGGCUUGCCACGGACCAGCUUGGCCGCGCCUUCGACUUGACUCAAGUAGUCUGUGCGGCCCUUGGCGCCCGAGUCGAUGAUAUGGGGCAAGAGCGCCACGACGCAGAUCGAUUUACCCGCACAGUGGUCGUGCAACGCGGCCGUGGACGUGAUUUCAGGUACUUUCAAGCCCCCGCCGAGCUUUUCAAGCUGGUUCAGCGCGUACGAGACAAUGCCCGACGCUUGACGAGGUCCCUGGUAGUCUUGCGCAUCCGAAGCCGACGAUGCCGUGGGGCCAAACAACUUGAUCGUGGGGAAACCCUUGAUGCCGUACUCUCCCGCCUUUCGCUCCGCCGCGGUCGCGUCCAACGCACCGAGCUUGACUUGGCCCUUGAGCUCGGAUGCAGCUUGCUCCCAUUCCGGGGCCAACGACUUGCAGUGACCACACCAAGGGGCGUAGAACUCGACGAGCCACACAUCGCCACUGUUCAGCACGAGGUCGUCAAAGUUGUCAUCGUUGAGGGUGACCACAGCAGACGACGACGCAGGCGACGGUUUCGCCUUGGGCUUGGGCUUAGAUUUGUCUUGGGCAGCUGACGAUGGUUUGUCAGACGAGGCUUUGCCCGAGAUCCGAGCUUUGGCCAGCUUGGAAGCUUCCUUCACACCGGCGUCAACAAUCGCUUGCGCUGUGCGCUGUCCUUGGUAAUCCGUGGGCGAGCGCUUGUUUUCACCAAACACCUUGAUUGUGGGAAACCCAUUGACACCGUACUUCCCAGCAAGUUCCUUGUGCUGAUCGCAGUCAACAGCAGCAACGUUGACGAUCCCAUCCAACGCCUUCGCGGCUUUCUUCCAUUCAGGGGCAAGGGACUUGCAGUGGCCACACCAAGGCGCAUAAAACUCAACCAACCACACACCCUUGCCACCCACAACCUCCUUCUCAAAGGACUUGGGGUCCAGGUUCUUCACGGCACUCGCCGACGUGUAAAACGCCGACGACGUCACCACCGCGCUACACAGCGCCAUCAUCAUCACACGCAGCCCCAUGGAUGUCACGACGCGAGAAAACUUUUUCAAAUGAGAAUAUGAUCGUG